AUGGAUCUGGUCCUCAAGGAGAGUAAUGGUGCUGGAGCACUUACGAUGCAUGAUAUCACUGUUCAUUCAUCAAUCGCCUUGGUCCCUCAUAUACAACAAGUUACCAAGGAUUGGCAGAAGAAGAGUGGUAGUGAGUUAAUUCGAGUUGGUUUGAACCAUCAGGCCCACAAGAAGGUCCUCAAGUAUCGCAACCAUGUUCCAGUUACGUUUGUGCCAAUUGUGCUUGCACUUCAAGCAAUGGCGCAGGAUUACCCCCAACUGGGACCACCUACAGAGGCUUAUUUCGUUUGCACUCGUAAGGAAAAGAGUGACAAACUUCCGCUUGAUUUAGGCGAACAUUAA